AUGAUCACGUACGAUAUUAAAGUGAAGACUGGGGAUAAACUGGGCGCGGGGACAGACGCUAACAUAGAAAUCGUCCUACUUGGUAGCUCAGGAAAGCAAACAGAACCUGCCAUUCUUAACAAUUGGUGUAGAAAUGAUUUUGAACGUGGCAAUACAGAUGUUUUCACCAUUCAAGACAAAACAGAUAUUCCUGAAGUAACUGAAAUCAAGUUGCGAAGAGACAAAGCGGGUUUGUUCAGCGAUUGGUUUGUCGAAAAGGUUGAAGUAACCAAUCAGAAGAGCGGAAAGACUUGUGUUUUUCCAAUACUUCGGUGGAUUCGCCCUGAUGUUGACCUCUAUUUUGGACGACAUGAUGUCUCUCUGCCACAGUUUGAUCCUCGACCACAACAACGCAGUGCUGAGCUGGAGGAGAAAAGGAAGCUCUAUGAGUAUGGGGAGAAAAAUCCAGGAUUACCCGUGCAGGUUAAAAAUGUCCCUGAGGAUGACGUUUUCUCUUCUUCUUUCAAGUUUGAUCUGCUGAAAUUAAGAACCACUCUGAAGGCCGGUAAGGCGUGGGAAAUGAUUUUUUGGGAUGGAUCGUGGAAAACUUUAGAGGACUUGAAAGGUGUCUACUCAAAAAUAUUUGAAGAGCCAAAGGGGAUGAAGAAUUGGGGCAGUGAUAUAAGCUUUGGUUAGCAACGGGUAAAUGGUAUCAAUUCAAAUCUGAUUCGGUUCUGUACACAUAUACCAUACAAAUUUGGGGUGACUGAGGAAAUGAUAAAACCUUUCUUAGAGGGCCUGACUUUAUGCCAAGCUAUCAACGACAAACGUUUGUUCAUCAUUGAUCUUGAAAUAUUGGAUGGAAUUUCUCUUGUCGAGGGCUAUGUUUGUCCAGUACCCAUUGCUCUCUUCUUUGUGGAUGGUAGAGGUCAACUUAUGCCAGUAGCGAUACAACUCUUUCAACAUAAGGGACCUGACAAUCCUGUGUUUCUUCCCAGUGAGCCACCUUAUACAUGGUUGAUGGCCAAAAUGUGGUACAACGUACGUGACUCAAAUUAUCACCAAGCCUUGGCCCAUCUAGGCUGCACACAUGUAUUAUUGGAAGCCAUAUGCAUAGCAGCCAAUAGAUGUCUGUUGCCUUCACACCCCAUGUUUAAACUGUUGGCUCCACAUCUUCUCUACAUCAUUGCAAUCAAUGAGUACGUAUAA